AUGGCUGACACUGGAUCAUUCAUUCACUUGGCGCGUCCUUUGGGCCCUGUUCCGGUGGGCGUCGCACCCACUACAGCCCCUCUGAACGUCGUUAUUCAGCCUCAAGCCAUAUUUUCUAUCCUUGACCACUCUCUCCGCCGAAAUGCCGAUCAGGAGCGCGUCAUCGGCACCCUUCUCGGAACCCGCUCAGAAGAUGGAACUGAAGUCGAAAUUCGGACAUGCUUUGCUGUCGGCCACACAGAAACGACGGACCAAGUGGAGGUAGAUAUGGAAUAUCAAAAACAGAUGCUGGCGCUACACCUAAAGGCCAAUCCAAAGGAAGUUCUGGUGGGAUGGUAUGCGACGUCAUCUGAAUUGAACACUUUCUCAGCUCUUAUUCAAAAUUUCUACGGUGGCCAGGGAGACGGAACGUGGCCCCACCCAGCUGUUCAUUUGACAGUAUCCACUGUGCCAGGGAAGGAUAUCGAAACAAGGGCGUACAUUUCUGCGCCAGUGGGUGUUACAGCUGAGAGGGCAGCGGAUAGCGCCGCGUUUAUCCCUGUUCCCUACGAAAUUCGUUAUAGUGAGGCAGAGAAAAAUGGUCUUGAAGCUAUUGCCGUUGCUAGAGAUACGGAAGAGAGGACAUCGAGUUUAUUUACUGACAUCGAGACGCUGGAGAAAUCCAUCGAAGAAGUGCUUGGCAUGAUUGACCGAGUAUCGAGAUAUGUUGAAUCCGUUAUUGAUGAGGAGGCACCUGCCUCUACUGCUCUCGGACAAUUCCUGCUCAACACGCUUGCUCUUGCACCAAAAGUCGACCCUGCAGAUAUCGAGAGCGACUUUAACAAACAUAUUCAAGAUGUGCUUGUUGUCUCUUAUCUUGCAAAUACCAUCCGAACCCAGAUGGAACUCUCCAACCGACUCGCAACCGCUCAACUCACUCUUGGAGGAGGGGAUGGCUCUGGCGCUGCUGGUAGUGGCGGUGCAGGUGGGGAGUCCGGUGGGCAGCGGGGUGGGCAGCGUGGCAACCGUCAACGAGGCGGUCAACAAAGAGGUCAGACAGAGGAACUGCGAGCCUAA